AAAUGCAUUUUUGAUGACUUUUCACAUUUUUGCAAAUGCGUUCCGUCUGUGUCUCUUGCAAAUUUUCGCAUUUACGACGAAACAUUGCUCCCGAAGUUAUUUUUAAAACAAAAACCACAGAAAAAUUCUCGAUUGUUCCAUUUCAUAAUUUCAAUGUGGAUUGACAAAGACGCAAAAAUAAACCGUAAAAAAUUUGCAUUUCAGACAGAAAAACAACAAAAAUGGCUGUUUACUGCUGGGGAAGCACCGAAAAUGGCGAAUUGGGGCUCGGUGGCAUUGAAGACGAGCAGAUUCUCGUGCCUCGCAACAUGCAAUGGGAAGAGGCAGCACGUUUGAAACAAGCAGCGCUGGGACUUAAUCACACACUUUUCCUGCUCGAGGAUGGCCAGUUGUUUGCAUGCGGGAGCAACGAUCACGGAAAUCUCGGCUUUGAAUUUUCCAAAAAAAGACCGCGUACGUCAAUCGUUCAUAUCAUCUCGGCAUUGAAGGAUUACCCGAUUACGGCAGUAGCUGCAGGCGCGAAACACUCGUUGGCGAUCAACGAAUGGGGACAGGUGUUCAGUUGGGGCUCCAAUGAGCUCUCACAACUCGGAUAUGACACGGAAAACGAUAUUGUGACACCAAAAAUUAUCAGAAGUCUUGCCACGAAGCACGUGAUUCAAGUUUCUUGCGGGCAAUUUCACUCAUUGGCUUUGACAAAUAGCGGCGAUUUGUACGCAUGGGGUGCAAAUGGCUACGGACAACUCGGAUUAGGCAUGACAAGUGAAAAAGUCUCCAAACCGACACUUAUUAAAUCCCUCCAAGGAGUUCCCAUUGCCUUUAUUUGCUGUGGCGCCAAUCAUUCCUUCGCCGUGACAAAAUCCGGCGCCGUUUUCGGUUUCGGCAAAAAUCUUUUCGGCCAACUUGGUCUCAACGACACCGUUUCUCGUCAAUUUCCGACCCAGCUGAAGACUUUACGCAGCAUCGGCGUUUGUUACAUCGCAGCUGGAGACGAUUUCAGUGUGUUUCUAACGCGAGAUGGCGGCGUUUUCACAUGCGGACUUGGUACAUUCGGUCAACUGGGGCACGGAAACUUCAGUAACGAGAUUUUACCGCGCAUGGUGAUGGAAUUGAUGGGCAGUACAGUGACACAAAUCGCUUGCGGGCGACGACAUACCCUCGUUUUUGUGCGAGGACGCAUUUAUGCCUUCGGCAUUGGCGGUUCGGGCCAACUUGGGAACAAAUUGACGAAAAAUUACUCGACACCGCACAUUGUCAUCGGUCCGUGGUCGAAUGUAGCGAACGCAUCGCCCCCCAAACUGAUUGAAAACUCGUCGACAGCUUUUGUGGUUGUGCCCGAUGUGUUUAUGGUGAAACAUAUUUUCAGCGGCGGAGAUCGAUCGUGCGUGAAAGCCGUUGAAAUGAACGACGUCGAUGAAGCUGACGAUUUUCGGGUGCAUGACGCGCGUACACAAGUUUGUAUUUUGACGACAGAAUUGACAAAAACUCUGAAAGCGUUGCCAAUUGACACGCAAGUCGAUUUGGAGUUACUUUCGACGAUCGAAAUAAUUUUCAGGAAUCAAGCUUGUUUGAACGGAUCCUUUUUACUGGCGAAUGACAAACAUUUUUGUUGUACCUCGAAAAUGCCGGGCGUGGAUAUGGCUGUGGCAACCGAGGCCUUUGAGGAUAUCCAAAAAACGGAGAACGAAAGUGUGAAAAAUCUCAUUUGGGAGUCAAUUACGACAGAUCUCAUUGGGUCUUUGGUGGCAUCGCCUCCGGAUGUCGAAACAAUCCGCAUUUUCCUGCUGCUGCCACUUUAUCACGAAUUUAUCAACUGCAAAAACUACCAAAAAUUGCAUGUUCCCUUCAGUACGGCGGUGCAUCGCCUCAACGCCAUCCCAAAGAAAAUCGUGUCGGCAUGGUGGUGCGCCCAAAGUCGCGAUUACUACGAACGUCUAGUCGAAAACUACAAAAGUGUCGUCACGUACAUCCUCAAUAACCAGUUUAUGAAGAAGCCAAACAAGACGAGCGAGGAUAAAUAUUUGGUGCAAUACGAUCCGGAGCUGAAAAUCGCCCUGGAUAUGUUGGCGCUGCUGUAUUUGACGAACCACAAGUCAUAUAAUCGCACGGAAAAAGUGCCUUAUGAACACUUUCACUUGCAGGAUCUCAGCGAUAAUGUCGAUGUGAAGCACGAAUAUGUCAAUUGGAUCAUGAACAACGACAUUCACAACUUUUAUCUGUGCAAUUAUCCGUUCCUCUUUGAUGCGGCGGCGAAAACGAUCCUUUUGCAGACCGAUCAAUCCAUCCAGAUGUACAACGCGAUGCAAUCGGCAGCCAAUCAAGGCUUACUUAGCAUGUUUACGCGCAGUUUCGCGCCCACAAGUGCUCUGCAGUACAUCGUGCUGAAUGUAACGCGAGAAAAUAUCGUCGACGAUACGAUCCGUGAACUCGCUUUGUACCAAGCGACAGACCUGAAGAAGCCAUUAAAGAUCAAAUUCGCAGGAGAAGAGGCUGAAGAUGCGGGCGGCGUGCGAAAAGAAUUCUUCAUGUUGCUCCUAAAAGAAAUUCUUGACUUGAAAUAUGGGAUGUUCAAGUAUUACGAGGACAGUCGGUACAUUUGGUUCUCCGAGGACUCGUUCGAAGGCGAAGGAAUGUACACGCUAAUUGGCAUUUUAUGCGGACUCGCCAUCUAUAAUUACACAAUAAUUGACCUGCCAUUCCCCGUUGCGUUGUACAAAAAAUUGCUCAAGGAACCCGUCGAGUUGUCAGAUCUGAAGGAUUUGUCGCCCGUUUUGGGAAAUUCGCUACAAAGCAUCCUGGAUUACGAGGAAAGUGACUUGAAAGACGUUUUCAGCUUGACAUUCGAAGUUAGUCGCGAGGUUUUUGGCGAGACAAAGACCUUUGAACUCAAACCGGGCGGCGAUAGUAUUUACGUGACGCAGGAAAAUAAACGAGAAUUUGUCGACUUGUACGUCGACUUUAUCCUCAAUAAAUCCGUCGAAUCGCAUUUCAAAGGUUUCUACCAAGGCUUUAUGAAGGUCUGUGGAGGUCGAAUACUCGAACUUUUCCGUGCCCAUGAACUCAUGGAGGUCGUUAUCGGGAACGAAGAUUACGAUUGGCACGUGUUGGAACGAGAGGCAGAGUACAAAAACGGAUAUUCGAGCGGAGAUGAGCCCGUUCGUUGGUUUUGGGAAGUCUUUCAUGAGUUGCCGUUGGAGGAGAAGAAGAAAUUUUUGCUCUUUCUUACGGGAAGUGAUAGGAUUCCCAUUAUGGGCAUGAAAGCCAUCAAGAUAUUCAUUCAACCAACCAACGAUGACAAAUGCCUCCCAGUCGCCCACACCUGCUUCAACUUGCUUGAUUUGCCGCGUUACAAAACGAAGGAACGUCUGAAAUACAAACUGCAACAAGCUAUCCAGCAAACUCAAGGCUUUAGUCUGGUUUAAAAAAUCCGAAAAAAAUGUUAAGUUUUGCACUAAUUGUUAACACGCACGUUGAGAGAGAUAAAUUAUUAUUAUUAAUUAAAGGUGAUUUUAUUUUUUUCGA